AUGGAUACAGAUACGCAUUUGCUCGCCGUGUGGCUCAAGAUCAUUCUUGAACAAAGUGAACUCAGCUGCGAAGUCAGCGCUCCGGCUCUGGCAGCACAAAUCACACGCUUCUUGCAAGGCAGAAAAUAUGACCUGGCCACUGUUCAAGAGUUCACGAUACUUCUCAACGGGAUCUUCGACACACCGAUCUCGAACUGGUCCCACCUUAUACGUGUCUGGCAGAUGUUGGAAUGUCUGUCGCAUCGUACAUAUGACCCAAGAUUCAUCGGUCCACCGCUGCUAUAUGGCGACAUCUUCACGUUCGGCUCUACGCAUCGACAACACAAGACCCAGCCUGUCCGGGCCAGCAAAGCGAGAGCGCAACACUUGAUCCAUAAGUCGCUCGAGAUGAAAGGCAGGACAAAGUCGAUGCAAUGGAAUUCUCGAAGAGCCGCGUUGAGACAACAGAACAUCAGCUUCUUCACAUUACCCAAGGAAAUCAGAACCAUGAUCUACAUGAACACCAUUCUACCCAACGGAACCGCUCGAGUAAUCUCCGUCACCGAGCCCUUCGAACCUCCAAAACCCAACGAAGCCAAAAUACCAACCUUGGCCCAAACUUCUCAACUCAUCCGUGCCGAAAUCUUUGAACUUCUUCCUAAAUUCUACCGCCUCAACACUUUCAACAUCACGAUCAACAAGAAAGCAGACGCUGAGCGUGCAUGCGCUUGGCUAGACACAAUACCCGUAUCAUGCCGUAAAGCUCUCACUCGGCUCGUCAUGACGAACCCGAUUUUGCGGAACGGACUAGGAACACCUUCGGUCCAAGCGCUAUAUAAAUUUCGCUAUACGCUCCACAUGGACGGUGAAGGAAAAGUCAUCCAUUACCACCGAUCGUUCUGCUCAGCAAGCCGAUCCACCCGGUAUCCUUCCAUUCACGACGAUGGCAGGAAAUUCCUCGCCAAGACGCGAGGGCUCGAAACGAAUGUGGAUUUCUUCAAGAGGUGUAUCAUGCAAGCAGCUUCUGGAAGAUUUGCGCACCCUAGAGAUGGCAAGAAUGGCGUCAUGUGUCAGAAUUUUGAGGGUUGUGGAGAUGAGAUGGAUACUGACUGGAUUUUGGGAAGGUGA